CCUGUCACUUUAUCCUCUGCAGCUGUCUCUCCAGCUCUCCCACCCGAGCCCAUCCCACUGAGCGGUGGCGGUCUCCAAAUCUUCACCACCCAGCGUGGGGCGCGGGCGGCUGGACGGCACAGGGCACGGCGGCGGCUCUCGUGCGGGCGGCACGGCGGGGCGAUGCGCGCGGCACGGGCGACGCAAGGCACAGGCGGCGCGACGCGACAGCUGCAGCAUGUCGUCAAAUCCUCCUGCACCUAGUCGGUUCUCCAGCAGUGGUUACUAAUGUAGAACCAUCACCCAUGCCUGAUGUUGCCGGUGAUAGAGGUCAAGCAAAAGAUGGCAACAUAUUCAAUGUGUGGAAUCAUGGUUUCAGUAUUGGACAAGGAUUUAGAUGUGGGUUUUGUGGCUUGUCCAAGAAAUCUGGAGGUGCAACCCGUCUAAGGGCGCAUCUAGCUCGGAUACCAGGUGAUGUUGUUAGUUGCCUGCAUACGACAAGUGAGGUGAAGCAUGCUAUGCGGAAAAGGUAUAAAGAGGGGAAGGAUAGGAGGAAAGAAAUACAGAAGAGCAAAAAGAGGUUGAAAGAUAAUCUUGUAAGGGAGAUGGGUGGAAAUCAACAUAUCUAUGUGCUAAGUGAUGAGGAGGAGCAGAUUCAGAUGGCAAAGUCAUUAUCAUUGAGAGAAUAUGAAUUUCAACAAAGAGUGGAGAUGAGGGGUUCCACAUUUCACAUGGAUCUGGUAGUUCUAGUGUUUCCAAUACUACAACAUAUAAGAGACAUCCAACGGUACAACCUAGGAUCAAAUCAUUAUUUGAUAGAGUUUCUAGUUCUAUCCAGCCUAGGAUUGACACCACAUUGCAGCAGGGUAAGAUGGAAAAAACUUGCACAAGCUUGGGCCAAAUGGUUUCAUGCAAAUGAUAUUUCGGAGGGAAAAGCCAGUUGUCCUUAUUUUCGAGCAUCAAUGAGGUUGACUCAAGAGCUAGGCAUGGCAGGUCGGUUAUUUGCUGGGAGUGACAUCGAUGGACCAUGUUUGGAUGCUAACUAUGAGGACAUUGAGAAGGCUCUUGAGGACUUCAAAAGAGAUUGGAAGAAAUAUGGUGUUACAAUCAUGUGUGACUCAUGGACAGGACCCACGAGCAUGAGCAUGAGCAUUAUCAACUUCAUGGUGUAUUGCCAUGGGCGCACAUUCUUCCAUAAGACUAUCAAUGCAAGUGGGUGAAUCCAGAAUGUAGAUUAUUUAUACAGACACAUUAAGCGGGUGGUUGUAGAUGAGAUUGGCCACAAGGAUGUUGUGCAGAUUGUCACGGACAAUGGAGCAAACUACAAGAAAGCAUGUGCCAAACUUGUUUCUGAAUAGCUCCAUAUUGUUUGGCAGCCAUGUGCCACCCAUACCAUCAACCUCAUAUUGAAGGACAUAGGUAGAUUGUCAAAUGCCAAAAAGUGCACCAAUUUCCUACAUAGCCACAAUAGGCUGCAUAAUGAGAUGAAAAGAUGGAUUGGAGGAGAGAUAGUUCGAUGGAAUGCCACCCGAUUUGGAACUGUCUUCAUGUUUUCUUCAAAGUUUGUGGGAGAGGAAAGAUAAAUUCCGACAAUGGAUGGUCUCCGAUGAGUGGGGGAAUGGUGACUGGAAUAAUGAGCCUGGCUUUGAUAGCUGCAUGACAAGUACUUGAUGGUGGGAUGAACUCAAGGGUGUCCUAAACAUAGUUGGCCCACUCUAUUCGGUACUACGCUAUGUGGAUGGAGAUGAAGGGACCGUUGCUGGUCUCAUGCCAAGGAUGUUGAGUGCCAUUAAGGAGAUGGAAAACUAUUUGGGUGAGGGUACACAAACAUGCCAUAGGUACAUGAGAAUAAUUAAGGAGAGGAUUCGAUAUCUUUAUGAUGACACAUUCAUCCUUGCUGCUGCUGUCCUUGAUCCAGUAUGGCACUAUCAGUUCUGCCUUUAUGAGAAUAAUGACUAUGUGAGGGCACUCGAAGAGGCAACAAGACAAAUACGUGCCUUUACAUCCUAUAAGGGAAAAUUUGAUGGAAAAAUACCUAAGGGUGCAGUAGGCAUAAUGACAGUAGCUGAUUGGUGGAUAUUGUUUGGGGGUGACACAAAGGAGCUGCAAAUGUAUGCCAUUCACAUCGUAUCAUAGUGCAUGUCAUCUAGUAGGUGUGAGCGGAAUUGGAGCACUUUUGCACUUGUUCAUACAAAGGUGAGGAACCGGCUUGGUUAUGAAAGGAUAAGAAAGCUUGUGUAUGUACACCACAAUUUGAAGCAGCAUUUCAAACAAGGAUUGCUAGGGAAAAAUAACUCCGAGAAAGAGAUUGAUCCAUGUGCUAUGUUGAUGGAUGCCACAUUGUUUGAUCAAUCAAACCCAAUCAUAGAAUGGUUGAACAAGCCGAGAAUUGAGGAAGAUGACUUGUCUCUUGAAGAAAUGCUUAGUCGUUCAAGGAAGAGGAGACUUGCUAGGUUGCAAAGGAAUAAUAGGAAGAAAGGUAAGAUGAUUGUGGUGGAUGAAGAAGAUGACUUCAUAGAUUCUGAAAACAACAUAGGUGAUGGCACCCUAUCUGGUAGUCCCGCUUAUGCAGAAUUUAGUGAUAGUAGCUCAGUAGGAGGUACCGACAAUGAUGACCACGGAGAUGACUACGAGUAUGACAAGCCAAGGGCAUGUGAUGGUAGUUACUUAUGCGUGUUUUUCUUUUGUUUUCACGUGUCUCAAAUAGUCUAAUGGGUGUGCCUUUGUUUCUACAUAUGAUACCUUGGCAAAAAAAAAAAAAAAACAAUUUGAAGAAGAGUCAUGAGCAUAUCACACAAAGGACAGAGCGUGCUAGGAAGAAGAAGAUGGUUAUGAACCUUUGAUCUUUGCUUUCCUAAUAUGAAGUUAUGAACAUUUGAUAUUUUGUUAUAGCCAUAUAAUGCAUGUAUGGACUAUGGACUUUGAUAUUUAGUUAUGGCCAUGUAAUGCUUCUAUGGACUAUGGACUUUGAUAUUUUGUUAUGGCCAUGUAAUGCUUGUAUGAAACUUGAUAUUUCUAGUUUCCCACAAUGGAGUUAUAGAACUUUAAUCUUUUGCUAUGGUCAUAUUCAUAUAAAGCUUGUAUGAAUUAAGGGUUUUGAUAUCGCCA